UACUAGACUUUCGCGUGUGAGCGAAGCAAUUUCGCGAAAAGGUCUAAGGUUUACAAUCUUCAUAUGAAUGAUGCUCACCGCCUCGCAUAGAGCAGAUUUUGAUUCGCAUCGCAACUAUAAUUAAACUACGCGGCUGAAAGUCUCGCAGACGCGCGGACUCCCAAAUAAGAAGGACUUUGGCCUUUAACGCAGGAGUAAUUCCUUGGAAAUGCCGUUCAGUUCAAGCUCAAGCGACUCAAAAAGAGGAGGUUUUGUUCCUUACCCAGAGGAUGAGCCUGAUGACAUCGUUCGUUAUGGAGAAGUCUUCAUCAUCAGGAGAGGCGUCAGUUCUAAAACAGACAAAGAAACACCGUUUCAUCACUGGGCUAUUGCGAUCAAAUUUGAAGCUUUUUGGGUUGUCAUUGAAGGUGACAACGAUGGACAUUUCUUGGUGCCAGGCUAUAACAAAUCAACGUCCACACCCAGCGGCACCCUGAUUAGUAUGAAAUCUGAGGAGGUUGGCCCAUACACAAAGGGUUCCCCGGAAUUGAUUUUGGUCAUCACGCAGUAUCUCAAAGCAGCUUCGACAGUGAAUCUGAGCUUUGUAAAAAUUUCGCCCAAGCAGUUGCACGCCUUGGCCGGAAGUAUUCCGAAAAAACCGUACGUCCUUGGGAUUAAUGAUUGCCAAACGUGGUUUCUGGACGCUCUGGACAAGUUGCAACACUUUGAAGUUGGCGACAAGGAAUUUCAUAACCGGGUCAAGGAUGUUGGAAGGUCAUUGGUAAAAGCGGCAACUGUGCCUGUGCUCAAAGCGGCUGGUACGUACACAAAUGCCGUUCACGAAGUAGCCCAGACCAUAGACAGAGUUUGCAACGGAGACGAAUUUGCUCCCAGCGCCAUCGUCGAUGGAGUCGGCAAGACGACCAAUUGCGUCAUCAACGGAGCGUCCGAGACCUUUGCUGGAGCUGUGAAUGGAGUGGCUGAUUUUGGUGUCAACUUAAUUGGUCUUGCUACCGGUGGAUGCGCUACGAACAGCGGUGCAAGAUCAAACGGCGAAACUCUGAACCGUGAGGUGGCUGCAGGCAGAAUGGGUCCAGUUGAGGCAACAGUGAAAUGCGUUGGAAAGGGCGCUGGACUGGUGGUCUAUGGAGCCGCCAACGUUACCAUAAAUGCCGUCGGAGGAGUGGCAAAGACUGCAACCACCUUGGUCAGCGGCGUGAGCACCACGUUCUCCGACACCGCCGAUUUGGUUGCAAAAGUCCACCGAGACUGCGAUAAUCCGGUCCUUGCAGCUCUGGCAACCCCAGGAGCUGCGGUGGUAGGAGUCUCGGUAGGUGUUGCGAAAACUGCAGGCAAUGUUGCAGUUGAGGUUGGAAACACUGUUGUAAGCAUCUUCGAUGGUAUUGCAAGUAUUUUCUAGAUUAAAUAAUUUUUCCUAAUGGUAAAAGUCUCAAACAAGCGAUGAUAAUGAAAGGAUUUUCUAUUUAUAUUUAAAAAUAAUGUAGGAUUUUCUAGUUAUUUAAAAUCAAUGUAAAAUUUUUGUAAAAACUUAUACUGUGGUAAAAUUUAGAAGAAUUAAAAGCAUUUGCAUGUAAGGAGCAAAUAAAGUUUCAUUUUUU